GUCUGGGCGACUGAGAGGAAAAAGAGAAGGGGUGUUGGGCCUGGCGGGCUGACCCGGGCAGGGGAGUGCUGGGCGGUUUCGCGGGGCGGGGUCCGGAGAGCUGCGGGGCCCGGGCGCCUGGGGUUCACGCCACACUCCCCAAGAGGUGCCUGAAGGAGCGGGCCGGCGAGGGGUGGCGGUCCGCAAGCAGGGACCAUGGGGUGCUUCUUUUCCAACAGGCGGAAGGCUGAGAAGGAGUCGCAGCCCGAGGGCGAGGGGGAGCGGCCGAAGCAGUACAGCUGGGACCAGCGCGAGAAGGUUGAUCCAAAAGACUAUAUGUUCAGUGGACUGAAGGAUGAAACAGUGGGUCGCCUACCUGGCCAAGUGGCAGGACAACAGUUUCUCAUUCAGGACUGUGAGAACUGUAACAUCUACAUUUUUGAUCACUCUGCUACCAUCACUAUCGACGACUGUACUAACUGUGUAAUUUUCCUGGGACCUGUGAAAGGCAGUGUGUUUUUCCGGAAUUGCAGAGAUUGCAAGUGCACAUUAGCCUGCCAACAGUUUCGUGUGAGGGACUGUAGAAAGCUGGAAGUCUUUUUGUGCUGUGCCACUCAACCCAUUAUUGAGUCUUCCACAAACAUCAAGUUUGGCUGUUUCCAAUGGUACUACCCUGAAUUAGCAUUCCAGUUCAAAGAUGCGGCAUUAAGUAUCUUCAAUAAUACUUGGAGCAACAUUCAUGACUUUACACCUGUGUCAGGAGAACUCAACUGGAGUCUUCUUCCAGAAGAUACUGUAGUUCAAGACCAUGUUCCCCUACCUACCACUGAAGAGCUCAAAGCUGUCCGCGUUUCCACAGAAGCCAAUAGAAGUAUCGUUCCAGUAUCUCGGGGUCAGAGACAGAAGAGCAGUGAUGAAUCAUGCUUAGUGGUAUUAUUUGCUGGUGAUUAUACUAUCGCAAAUGCCAGAAAACUAAUUGAUGAGAUGGUUGGUAAAGGCUUUUUCCUAGUUCAGACAAAGGAAGUGUCAAUGAAAGCUGAGGAUGCUCAAAGGGUUUUUGGGGAAAAAGCACCUGACUUCCUUCCUCUUCUGAACAAAGGUCCUGUUAUUGCCUUGGAGUUUAACGGAGAUGGAGCUGUAGAAGGAUGCCAACUUAUUGUCAGUGAGAUAUUCAAUGGGACCAAGAUGUUUGUAUCAGAAAGCAAGGAGACAGCAUCUGGAGAUGUAGACAGCUUCUACAACUUUGCUGACAUACAGAUGGGAAUAUGAAGUGCAAUGUGGAACCAAGGACUUGGUAUUAAGCCCUUUUUAAUUUGUGUAUUAACAAUGGUUUUUACUAAUGAUAAAACUGUUAAUGUUUAUUUCUUAGUAAACUGUUGAAUACUGCAUCAUUUACUUCAGGUUCAAAAAUAGUUUGUUUUGGGGCACCUGGCUGGCUCAGUUGGUAGAGCAUGUGUUUUGAUCUUAGGGUCAUGAGUUCAAGACCCGUGUUGGGCAUGGAGCCUACUUAAAAAAAAGUUCAUUUUAAAUUUAGUAGUUUUAAUCAGCUUAAAAACUGUUUAACCUGCUUCAAUAAGGCUGUGGUUUUCUUUCCUUGCUUAUGAUACCAUUAUUAGAACAUAGAAGUGGCUAGCAGUUCAUGAUUUUAAUCCUCAUUAAAUAUUCUUUCAAAUCUCUAAGAAUUUAAACUUUUCUCAGUGCUCCAUAUAUUAUUUGAGAAUGCAUUCCAUUGCUUCUUUUCUUUUUUAAUUUAGAGAGAUCUGUUAGUAGUUGAUCAAUUAGAAUGAACCUCUGUACAUUUUUUUCAUGUAUACAUAGCCAGUUAAAUAAUUGCUUCCUAGUUGCAUAAUGUGGCAAAUGAGAUUUUGUACAUGGAAUUGAUAUAAGACUGUGUAAAUUGAUUUUUUUUAUUAAUAGGAAUUUGAUAACCAUUUUGCAAUUAACUCUACUAACUGAUGUUGGUAUAGCUGUUUAAAGACUACUUUGUGAGUAGUAUGAUUAUUUGAAUAAAUUCCACACCAUGUAGUUUUUUAAUACAACUGCUAAAAUGACAAUUCUGCUUCCUGGUAAGAAAAUACUAAAAUCUAAAAGCAUAGAAGCCUGAUGAGCACUGGCAGGUUUCAGAAAGGUGAAAUCGGGAUCCCUGGGUGGCGCAGCGGUUUGGCGCCUGCCUUUGGCCCAGGGCGCGAUCCUGGAGACCCGGGAUCGAAUCCCACGUCGGGCUCCCGGUGCAUGGAGCCUGCUUCUCCCUCUGCCUGUGUCUCUGCCUCUCUCUCUCUCUGUGUGACUAUCAUAAAUAAAUAAAAUUUAAAAAAAAAAAAAGGAAAAAAAAAAGAAAGGUGAAAUCACCAGCUCUUAGGAGUUAGCAGGAGAAUUAAAACCUUGUGACAUUUAGGUAUGAAGUGCUUAGGCAUGAUGAUAAGCUAUGCAGAUUUUUUGUAAAAAAAAAAAAUCUAGAUAAAUUUGAUUUUCAUUAGAUAUACCAUUAAUCAAGAAAUAAUGUUCUUCAAGUAUGAUGAAAUUGCUUUUGGCUGCUUUAAAGCAUUAUUUCCCAAAUCAACUUGACUAUAAUAAUUUACCAGGAGGCAGGGGAGAGUUACUUGUUUAAAAAUCCACAUCCUUGAACCCAGUACCCAAAUACACUGAUUCAGUCACCAGGGGAAAGCCGUUUGUGAGGAGUUUGUUGUAACCUAAAGUAAUCAUUUCAGAAGAUGUGGAUAGGGCGAUCUGGAGAGAAGGUCUGGACCUGCCAUGUACAUCAUGUAAUAACAGCUAAUAGGAAAUUAGCUUUCAGAGGUCUAUUUUUAAAAGAAACCUUAAAUUUAAAUCUAUUUUGGUAAAACCAAGACUGAAAAUAGCCACUUAUAAAAAUCCCUCUUAUGGUUGUUACUAAAAGGAUAUUUUCGUGUAUAAACUGCUUUUGGAUAUUUUCAAAUUAAUUUAUAAACUACAUUGAACUGUGUGUUGAUGUUCAGAAAUAAUACAUUCAAAUACUUUUCAUUUUAAAUUAAUGAGUAAAAUUGACUACCUACCCUGUGUCUGGCCUUGUGCAAACCAUUAGCAUUGUAUCAUUUCAGUCUUUUCUAAGAGCAUUCUAUACUACAUAAUCAACCUCCUCUAAAUCAAAAUGAUUUCAUGAGAUGCAAAUAAAAAUUGGUGACAGGUUUAACAUAAUUUUGAUCAUAAUUUACAAAUAAGCUUUGCAAUUAGUGGUCAGAGGGCAUUAAUUUUUUUCAUGGUUAAGCUAAAUUAAACAUAUUCCUUCUGAUUGUGAUUAUAUUAUUAAACACCAUUAUUCAUAUUUUUUGUUUUUCAAAAAUAUAAUACAAUGUUAUGCAAAGCUGUAAACUGAGUUCUUUAUUUUAUCUAUGGUAUUUAAGCAAAAAAACUCAGGAAUAUAACAUAUAAGGGAGAUGUUAAUUUUUAAAUACUCACUAAAUUUAGUAUCUAUUAACCAAAGCCUAAAAUUGUACAUUCUUCAGUUGGCUAAGAGCUUUUACCCAAGCUUAAUUUGUCUUUAGGGACAGUCAUUUGGCUUCUGAAUGUUUAAAAAGAUUUUAAAAAAUAAGUAGUACUAUGGUUGUUUCUGUAGUUCCAAACUUUGAUAGUAAUUAUACUGCAUUUCAUUUUUUAAUAGCUUUUGAAUUCAUGAACAUUUAUUAGCAAUGAAAUAUUAGUAAUUUUAUUGUUAUACAUGUUUAAACAUUAUAUUAGCUUAUUUCUCCUGUGUAAUUAGUACUGCUUUUUGCUUCUGUAUAUUUCUGUCUAGCUUUUGUAUGUAAUUUAUAUCUAGUGUUUAUAAAACGUGAUUUGUAAUAAAUGUUGUUAAAAUGAAAAUGGCUGGGGUGCCUGGCUGGCUCAGUUGGUAGAGCAUGCGACUACUGAUCUCAGGGUCGUGAGUUUAGGCCCCACAUUGGGGGAUAGAGUUUACUUUAAAAAAAUUAAAUGAAAAUGGCUUAACACUAAUUUUUGAGGUCCACUGUAUAACAUACAUCUUCUCAUACAUGUGCCAAGAUUUGAUCAUGGCACAAAUUUUUCUUAAUUUAAAUUCAAUUGGCCAACAUAUAGUACAUACUAUAGUUUCAGAUGUAGUGUUCAAUAAUUUAUCAGUUGCAUAUAACACCCAGUGCUCAUCAUGGCACAAAUUUCUUAAUGAUAGAAGUAUAAUAGAAUGGUCUGAUCUCUGUCUUAUGUUAGAACUGUGUGCCAUAUGUGUGCACGCGCACAUGUGUACACAAAGCACUCUAGAGAAAUGCAAAGGAAAUAGAAAACUUGUUUUAAUCUAAGGAAUAAUUCUUCCUUUGUUAAAAGAUACAUUUUAUUAUGGUUGAAUACUUACUAAGAUUAUGCAUUUCUCUCUUCCAUGUUUAAGAAAAUAAUGAACCAUGAUAUAAUUUCUUUCAGGUUUAUACAAAUGGACCUUAUUUUUAAAUUACUACCAAAUUUUCCAGCCAUCUGUACCCAACCUCUCCCUUUCCUAGCCCAUAAAUCAGAAGUACUAAAAAUGUAGAUUGGUUAGUUUUUUAAAUAAAAUCUGAAAUACUGAAACUACAAA